GCCGCCGAGCCCGACGAGCUGUCGCUGUACCCCUCCUUCGACCAGCUCUCUGCGUGCGUCCGGCUGGGCCACAAGUACCAGAUGUCCGCGAUCUACGCCCCCGCGAUGGAUUACCUCAAACGGCGCUUCGCCCCCACUCUCGACGGAUGGAAGAAGUGGACCACCUCCCGCGGCGAGCCGUACACGCUCCCGCGGUGCACCCCCGCGCACGCGAUCGGAGUCGCCAACCUCGCGCGCCUGACCGGCGAGCACGCGCUCCUCCCGCUCGCCCUCCUCGGGUGCGCGCAGCUCGGGUGCAAGCAGCUCACGGACGGGUUCGCGUACGGCGACGGCGAGCGGGAGACACUUUCCGCGGAAGACACCGUGCUCUGCUUGGAGUCGGUUUCGCAGAUCGCUUCUUACGGGGCGGCGCACACCUUGAACUUG